CUGAUAAAAAAACACCAAAGCCCCAGGCUAGUUUACAGAAAAACCUACACUGCUCUGCAGAGAGCCACUUCGCUUGCAUCAUUUAUAAUCUAACUGUCUCCAGAUUUGCAGAAUGCAGAUGUUGAACUUUUUUACGUUUCCGCAGUGUCAGGAUUUCCGUUUCCCCUUUUUAAAUUCAGUGCUAACAGGACCAUUACUGCAUUGUAAAUCCGUUUGUUUUUUAGGCGUAUAACGACUGGUUUAGUUUUAAGUCGCUGCUAUGGGGGAUGUGGAAUCACCCGACACGACAGCACCACGCCAGUCUGGAAUAAGGGCUCUCCUCCCGGACAAAGCUUUUGUCACCUCGAGGAAAGGGCAGCUGCUUAUUGCUGAAGUGGCUCUGUCUUUCAUCUGCUUCAUCUGCUUCGUGGCGUCCAGCGCAGCAGCCUUUUUGACGGCGCCCCUCGUCGAGUUCCUCUUCGCUUUUUUCCUGCUCUUCGCCUACUCCAGCAAGUUCAAUGAGCAAUUCAAGGGCUUCCAUUGGCCACUAAUGGAUUUCCUGCGCUGCGUCAGUGCCUCUGUUAUCUACUUCAUUAUUUCAAUAAUCGCUGUUUCAAGAUAUACUGACGCAGCAUCCAAAGCAGCUGGGGUGUUUGGGUUCAUAGCCACCAUAGUGUUUGCAUUGGAUUUCUAUGUCAUCUUUAACGAUCUGGCUAAUUUUCUGAAGCAAGGCGACACGACGGAACAGCCUAACACAGAAGACGACUCCAACUCUGAUUCUGACUAAAGCAAACUUUGGAUUGCCUGGACCUCCGCCCUGAAAUGGCAUGAAGGCUGCCAUAUUGAAGCUUUCUUCAUACUUUACAGUACAUGACAAUGCAUGCAAUGUCCAUCGAGAACAGGUCCUUUUGUAAGAAAUGAGAAAGCUAGCCCAUUACAGUAAAGACACUUUAUAUGCUAGAGUCUGCUUCAUGACGCUGCUGCUGUGGAAAAACACAUCACUGCAGCGCAAUUAAACCUGGCAGAUGGAAACACCACACAAUGAACUGUAGCCAGCACUGUAUUUAUCCAUUGUUGCUCUCAAAGGGGGGUUUCCAUACUUUAAAAGGGCACAAUGUUAGACUUCACAAGGACAAUCAAUGCCUUUUGAUGGGUAGCACCCUUCAGUUUGAAUUGUGUUGGGGUUUUAUGAGACAGUUUUUCCACAGUAGCAGCAGCAGAAGUAGCUUGAAUAGCUUCCUUAAAUUAAUGACAAUCCUUUCUUUUAAAACUGUUUUACCAUUCAGAAUUGUGAACUGGCUAUUGUUCGUGACAGCACAGUAUUAUUAACCCAUUUUCAGUGUGUGUGUGUGUUUUUUAAAUGACUGAUUAGCUGACACUAAAUGUCUCAUUUUAUACAUUUCUAAUAAUUUUGUAAUUUUUAAUGCCUUGUCAAAACAAAUGAAGAAUGAUAUGACCAUGUAAGUGAUGUUGCUGUAGUAAAAUAUACAAUUUAUAUUGACAUUUUAAUAUUUGUUACACAGGUACAACACACACAUAUUUCAGACAUUGGAAAACUGAAACUUAUUUGCUUGUUACCUAGUAGUGUUUGUGCAUCGAAGUGUAGAAGUUUAGGCGGAAAUAAUAGUGAAAAGACUUCUCAGUAAUCUUACUAAUGAUGGUUGAUACCUCUCACUGUGAAUGGUUUGCUCGAGGAAGCUUUUUUUUUUGCUUGUAUCUACUAGUGGUGUGGGGUUAGCAGACAUAAAACUAACUGAUUGGUAGACAGAUAUUUGCAAUCUAUUAGAAACAUGCGGAGAUUUAAGUAUAGUCAAUACUGUUAUUCACUAAUAAACAUAAUUCAAAUGACCAGACUACAAACAGCAUCUUAAGUGUUGCGAUUGGUCCUUCAGCAACUGGUUUGCCGAAGCUAACUGCAAUACUGCAAUGUAGUCUGUCAGCAGUGGUUUACAUUAUUUGAUUUUAAUCUUCAGUUUCCUUGUAACUUGAAAUAAUCAGUCAGGAUUUGCUGUGUAUCUGACAAUUCCACCUUAGCCAGCACUGGUGGUUAAUAAAAAAUAAAAGUUUGGUUCUCCAGUGAGCAAACAUUCCAUAGUGCCUUCAGCUAUUGGACCAUUCAAUGGAAAUUGUACAAACAGCUUUAAUAGAAUGGUCCUCUUAUAUGUAUUCCAUACGAUACAAAGCUAAUUGUGCACUUCUGUUUAGUAUUUUUUGAUAUGUGCAUUUUUAUUGGGAGAUAUACCACUAGUGUUAUUGUUAAUAUAGCACUUUAAAAGCUGCAGCUAAUUUGGGGAGUUUUGGCAUAACACCAUUUUGUCAUACAGUCAGCACUCACACAACUGACCCAAUAAAAUUUUGACUUUGGUGAUGGUUAAA